AUGUCCGGUCUUAUGCUGAAUGCGUUCAGUGCGAAUGAUGUUCAACGUAUGUCACAGUAUGGUAUCAAAUUUACAAAUAUAAUUCAACGACCGACAAAAGCUAUUUCCGAUAUGACAAAAGAUGAAAUUCAGCUUGGUGCCGAACUGUUAUUGCAAAAAGUCAAAUUUUACAAACCAAAGAUUGUCGUCAACGAAAUGAUCUUAUUGAUACCAAUAUGA